AUGAAAGAUGCGGAGUUCUCGGCGGGCUUGGAAGAAUUCACCUAUAGACUGCAUGACAAGUUAUGCCAUGCAAAUCCUUGCCAGAAUAUCAUCUACUCCCCGCUGUCCAUUCGAACCUCUGCUGGCAUGCUGCGGAUGGGAGCAACGGAAGGAUCGGCCACAGCCAAGGAGUUGGAUGAGGGACUCUGUUUCUAUGGUCGAGAUUUACAAGAGGUUGCCGACAGCUUCGAUGCUGUGCUUAAGUCAUACAAAGAGUGCAGAGUCCUUAAAAUGGUCAACGGACUUUAUGUGAUGAACGGUCUUGAAGUUGGUGGGCAGUUCGCCAACAUUCUUGAAAAGAAGUUCCACUCCAAGCCAAUGGAAAUUGAUUUUGGGAGUAAGCAAGCGGCCAGUAUAAUCAACAAGUGGGUAGAAUCCCAGACCAACAAUCUUGUAAAGGAUAUUAUCAGCCCUAAAGUUCUAUCCCAGGACUCUCGACUGCUACUUAUAAAUGCUAUUCACUUCAAAGGAAAUUGGUCAAUUAAAUUCCAGGAAAGCCACACUCAUGAAGAGAAAUUCUUCGGGCCCGGGAAACCUGUCAUGGUGAGAAUGAUGCACGUGUCCGAUAGCUUCUCCUUUGUCGUGCUCCCCAAGCUCGAAGCCACUGCCCUCAAAAUGGACUACAGUGCCUGCAAUCUGGCCAUGAUCUUCAUACUGCCAGAUGAGAAAUCUAAUCUCACUAGCCUAGAGCAAAAGCUACCAGGCACUUCACUACAGGCAUUGUCAUCUUCCAUGAACUUGGAGAAAGUUGAUGUGAAAAUUCCUAGUUUUAAGGCUGAGUUCCAGCAGGAACUAUCCCAGGCUUUUAAGCUGAUGGACAUGAACCGCAUUUUUGGCGAUCAGGCGGAGUUUGGAGCAAUGUUGAAGUCUCCGGCGCCGCUAUUUGUCUCAAAGAUCAUUCACAAGGCCUUCAUCGAGGUCAACGAAGUGGGCACUGAAGCUGCAGCGGCAACUGCUGUAGUUGUCACAAUGAGGAGUAUGCCUGCCCCUCAACCUCUGCCAAAGGUAUUUCACGCUAAUAGACCCUUCUUCUAUGCGAUAUAUGAUAAGACCCAUGGAAUACUCUUUGCCGGGCACUUUACCACUAAUAAGGAUGACAAAGAUGAAAAAUGUGAUAGAUGUACCUAUGGGAACGAAUGCACCUCCUGA